AUGAGCAGUGCAUCGCAGUUACCGUAUUACACGGCCAAGAAUGGCUCUGCCACGGGCAUGUUCAAUACCGCCAUGGGGAAUCUUCAGCGACAGCUGUACAACGGAGAGUACUACAUGUUCAAGUACGCUCCCAUAUUUGAGAGCGACUUCAUCCAGAUUACAAGGAGUGGAGAGUUGACUGACAUGCACAACCGUGUCCCAGUGGUGACCGUGGGCAUCGCCUGCACCAGCCCUGUCCUCGUCAUUCCCGACGUUAUGCUGCUGGCCCAGCCACUCACUGGCUGUGCUGAGCAUGGUGGCCAGGACCCCAGGGAAAGCGGCUGCAAGGCUGAGAAGACCUUAGAACUCACCCGGCUUCUGCCCUUGAAGUUUGUGAAGAUCACCAUCUACGACCACGAGAAGCAGCAGCUGCGCCUGAAGUUUAUCACAGGCCGUGCUUGUUACCUGCAGCUUUGUCCCCCUUCAGGUGCACGGGAAGACCUCUUCAUCUACUGGGAGAAGCUCGUCCAUCUCCUGCAACUGCCAGUCGACAGCGACACCGCUCCAGCUGGUGAUGUGAUCUGCACGCCUGUGCUCAACACUUCAGUGGAUGGGAAGGGCUCAGCAGCUGUGUGCAUCCAGGAAAAGGAAGGUGAGGAGCAGAUCAGUGUUCCUAGUCCGGAGCACUCAGAACUGUCUGAGACCACUAGUCCCGAGUACUCAGAACUGUCUGAGGCCACCUAUGCUUUUUUUGCUGGUGGGGAGGGGGGCCAAAAUGCCUCCUACAAACCUGCCCGGAAGACAAAACUUACACACUUUGCCACACGAGUGGCAGAGUGGAUGGCAAUGGCAUCAAGCAUUGGAAAAGGUGCUAUUAAUAUGGCAGCAACAAAGUCCAUGGACUUGAACCAGAUAAACACAGUAUCAGCCACAAAGCAUCCUGGAAGAAGCAAAACGUGCCUCCCUGUUGCAGGCAUUUCUAACAUGCCCUCCAAGAGCAUCAGGGUGGCUGUGGCCGCAGUGUCUGUGCGGUUUUCAGAGGGCAGCAGCAUGUCGGACGAUUCCAGCAGCCUCUUCCCAGAGACCAGCUCAAGCGAGGCCAAUUGGGAAACCGAAUUGACAAGUGAAGGUGUUACAGAAACAGAUGGCUAUCCAGGUGAGGAAAUUUUCCUCUCAACCUUGCUAAGUGGAGGCACUGCACUUAAACAGGCUAAAAGCCAGCAAGUUUUCCAGGCCAAAGCUGCAGCCUGGAAGAAAAGGGAGCGAAAAGAAAGUAGGAGUGCCCAGAGUCCUAAGAGAACCAAGAGUCCCCGAAAGACAGGAGGAGAAAAGAUGAGAGGAAAAUCAUCCAGCCAGUCUAUAGGCAGCCAAAGAGCCCCUGGAAAGAAUAAAGGCCACAGCAGCCUGGGGGGCAGCAGGCCCUCCACUCGUCACAAAGGAGCCACUCCCAUCACAAAGGAGUCUAGAGCAUCUCACAAGUCAGAGAGGAGCCUAUUGAGUUCAGGCUCAACCACCGACCAAUGGACUCACCAGGAUCAGCACUUCCUGAUGAACAGGAAAGCCAGUCUGACCAGAAGAGAGCUGGGGCUGGACCCUGCAAAAGGGGACAUGGGCUCAGGGAAGAAUCUCUAG